AUGGCCAUGGACGAGCGCGAGCUCUUCCAAGCUCUGACCCGGGCACUGGAAGAGGUGCGGGUGAACGGAGUGCCGUCUGGAGAGGAACCAUCGCGUGUGCUGUCACUGCAAGGAUUGAUUGGCGUGAGCGGAGAAGAGCUUCUGGACAUGGUGGAAGAGUGUGGUACCGUCACCCACUAUGUGGUUACUCCUGGUCUGGCAUCAGCCAUGUUGAUCUUUGCUACCCAGCGAGAUGCUGAAGCUGGUCAUGCUCGUCUCAGGAAUGCUCGGCUUGGGGAGCGGCCCGAUGAGUAUGUGGUCAAAUUUGGCAAGAACCCUACGUUGUCGGAUGAAGAGCUCUCCAGGCUGCUCCUUGUUCCACCGCACAAGACAAACUUUCUCAUCUCGCCGCCGCCAUCUCCGCCUGAUGACUGGAUCCCCGGUCCGGAGGACGGGCCCAACUCGCUGCAGGCCCCGGACGUCGACGAGCCCAUUGUCCUUGAUUCGCACGUUGUUCUCCUCUCCACCGACUCGCAGGACAUGCCCAACAUCCACUUUGAGCCGGCGUAA